AUGCAAACCAUAUGCGUGGUUGCUUAUCAAGCUAGCGGAAUGAACCCUCAGCCCCAAGAUCUGCGGCGCGAUACCUUUUUUUUUUGUCGCCUAGUACAGGGUACCAGUUGCAGAUCCAAACGGAAACAUGAGCCAGCGACCAAGCAGCACCUCUUGGUGCAUGGGAUUUGCUGGACCGUCGGCAGUCUGGUUUUCAAUGUGGCAUCGCAGCCAAAACGCCACCUAUGGAGUAUGUUGAUAGAAAGCCUAGUGUUUGGUUCCAAAACCCGGCUCCAAUAUUCCGUCACCACACUCCCAACUUCGCAGGAUGGCCGAGAGGACGUUGGUGCAUAUCCUUAUUCCUGUUCCCCCGGAUGGACAAUAGCGAAGAAGAAGGGUCUGAGUUCAGCAAUCGGGACCCCUCCCAUGACGCCAUAUCAUGACCAUGCCUGUGCUGAAAGGGUCUGCGUGUGGGGUCUAGUGAAUACUUUGAAGCAACAUUUGAACUUUUGGGAAAGGGCCGCGGCGCUACGAGAAUUGUGA